AUGCUUCAUACGAAGUUUAGUGACAUUAUUAAAGGUGUUAAUGUGAGUAAGCAAUGGAAGACACUACUCAAGUUGGAGAAAUCGGUCCUCUCUUGGACCCACACCCAAGAUAUUAAUGAAGCUCUACUUUCGACAGCUCUACGUUUCAUUCAUGGCACGGAGUCGUCCAGAACUGAAGAACUCCGCAAUAAGGCAUCUAAUCCCGAGCUGAACUACUCGGAUGCUGAAGAGGAGCUUACUUUCAUUGAGAAAUUGCUGCCUCCUACUGCUCAAUCCGUUGAGGAGAUGCGUUUGCCUGACCUUCUCUUUACUAAGCAGCAGCACAUCCCUGCGCCUGAAGAACAACAUCAACUCCCUUCCGUUGAAAAGGAGUUAUCUAUUCCUACUAUUCAGCAACAAGUUCCUUCUACUGAGAAGGAGCAAUCCUCAAAGACUGCUGAUGAACAACAUUCAAAAGUUGUUGAGGAGCUCAUCUCCCUAGAUCAAGAGAAGGAGCUCUCAUCUACUCCUAAGCAUCUAAGAUCGUCUAAGCAGAAGUCGUCUGAUGAGGGGGGACUUUCUAAGAAUGUUGAUCAGAGCUCAACCCCUGUCUCAAAGAAGACCUCGUCCAUUCAGACGAUAUCAUCAGACGGGCAGGCGUCUGAAGAGAAGCAGUCAGCCUCCCCAAAGUCCAAGCGUUCAAUCUUUGCUACAUCUGAGAAAUCCAUUUCAUCUAAAUCGUUUCAUUCUGAAAAAUCGACGACAUUUCUAAAGGACUUGCGUGAAGAAAUUGAAGGGGCAGACGACGAAUCGCGGGUAAUGGUUAAUGUGCCUCAAGUCGCGUCUCCCGUGCAAUCUAUUCAAGGGGAAGGUAGCAAUCGAGGGGAAACUUCCUCUAGGGGCACUCGUUCCAUAAGUAAGCUAGACCAAGAAGGACGAGGAGGUAGCCGAGGAGGUGUUCGAGGUAGAGGUGCAUAUUGCGGUGGAGGACGUGGUGGAGGAAGUGCAAGAGGACAAAGAGGACGAGGAAUGAGUGGAGGCUUGGAACAUCUCCUCUCCGGCGAUAAAGGCCUUGAUGGCUGA